GGGCUCGGAGGCCGGAGCCCGCACACGCCUCCCCGCGCCGCCGCCGCCGCCGGCUCUCCGCGCGCUGCGGCUGCCAUGGGGGUCGCGGGCUGCGGUCGGCCUCGGCAGGCCCUGGCGCUGCUGCUGCUGCUGCUCCUGCCGCCGCAGCCUCUGCUGGCCGCCGCCGUCCCUCCCGGCCCGGGUCGCGCCAACGGGCCGCCCGAGGGCGCUUGCUGUGUUCUCUUGGACGACUGCCACGCUGAUGCACUGUGUCAGAGCACACCCACCUCCUACAAGUGCUCCUGCAAGGCUGGCCACCAAGGGGAGGGCAGACAGUGUGAGGACACAGAUGAGUGUGACAAUGAGCUCAACGGAGGCUGUGUCCACGAAUGUUUAAAUAUCCCAGGCAACUAUCGCUGCACCUGUUUUGAUGGCUUCAUGUUGGCUCAUGACGGUCAUAAUUGUCUAGAUGUGGAUGAAUGCCUGGAGAACAAUGGCGGCUGCCAGCACACCUGCACCAACAUCAUGGGCAGCUAUGAGUGUCGCUGCAAAGACGGUUUCUUUCUGAGUGACAACCAGCACACUUGCAUUCACCGCUCAGAAGAGGGCCUGAGCUGCAUGAACAAGGACCAUGGCUGUAGUCACAUCUGCAAGGAGGCUCCAAAAGGCAGCGUUGCCUGUGAAUGCAGGCCUGGGUUUGAACUGGCCAAGAACCAGAGAGACUGCAUCUUGACUUGUAACCAUGGAAACGGUGGGUGUCAGCACUCCUGUGAAGAUACAGCCGAAGGCCCUGAGUGUAGCUGCCAUCCUCGGUACAGGCUGCACGCUGACGGAAGGAGCUGCCUCGAGCAAGAGGGCACUGUCUUGGAGGGGACGGAGAACAAUGCCACAUCAGUGGCAGACGGAGAUAAGCGGGUGAAACGGCGGCUGCUCAUGGAAACGUGUGCUGUCAACAAUGGAGGCUGUGAUCGCACCUGUAAGGACACGUCAACAGGUGUUCACUGCAGCUGUCCCAUUGGAUUCACUCUCCAGUUGGAUGGGAAGACAUGUAAAGAUAUUGAUGAGUGCCAGACCCGAAACGGAGGUUGUAACCAUUUCUGCAAAAACACCGUGGGCAGUUUUGACUGCAGCUGCAAAAAAGGAUUUAAAUUACUAACAGAUGAGAAGUCUUGCCAAGAUGUGGAUGAAUGCUCUUUGGAAAGGACCUGCGACCACAGCUGCAUCAACCACCCUGGCACAUUUGCUUGUGCCUGCAACAAAGGGUUCACACUCUAUAGCUUCACCCACUGCGGAGACACCAAUGAGUGCAGCGUCAACAAUGGAGGUUGUGAGCAAGUUUGCGUCAACACAGUGGGUGGCUAUGAGUGCCAGUGUCAUCCGGGGUACAAGCUCCACUGGAAUAAAAAAGACUGUGUGGAAGUGAAGGGCUUCCUGCCCACUAGCAUGACCCCCCGUGUGUCCCUGCACUGUGGUAAGAGUGGUGGAGGAGACAGGUGCUUCCUAAGAUGCCACUCUGGCAUUCACCUCUCUUCAGGACUGCAAGAGGCCUACUCUGUCACCUGCGGCUCUUCCUCUCUCAGAAGCAGACAGCAAAAAUCAAAUGACUCUGCUUUUGGGGAUGUCGUCACCGUCAGGACAAGUGUAACCUUUAAACUAAAUGAAGGCAAGUGUAGUUUGCAAAAGGCCAAGCUGUCUCCCGAGGGCCUGCGACCAGCACUACCAGAGAGGCACAGCUCAGUAAAAGAGAGCUUCCAGUACGCAAACCUUACGUGCAGCUCUGUCAAGCGAGUCCCAGGAGCCCUUGGCCGACCGAGCACCCCUAAGGAAAUAUUUAUCACGGUUGAGUUUGAACGGGAAACUUACAAAAAGGAGGUGACAGCUUCCUGCAAUCUGAGCUGCAUGGUAAAGCGGACAGAGAAGCGGCUGCGGAAGGCCAUCCGCACCCUCAAGAAGGCUGCCCUCCGGGAGCAGCUGCACCUGCAGCUCCCAGGCAUGGACCUCAACGUGGUUAACAAGUCCCCCAGAGUGCCGGAACAGCAGGAGGAGACCUGUGGAGUGGGCCAGGGCCAUGAAGAAAGCCAGUGUGUCAGUUGCAGGGCUGGGACGUAUUAUGAUGGAUCACAAGAACGCUGCAUUUUAUGUCCAAAUGGAACCUUCCAAAAUGAGGAAGGACAAGUCACUUGCGAACCAUGCCCAAGACCAGAAAAUCUUGGGGCCCUAAAAAUCUCAGAAGUCUGGAAUAUAUCUGAAUGUGGAGGCCUGUGUCAACCAGGUGAAUAUUCAGCAGAUGGAUUUGCCCCUUGCCAGCUCUGUGCCCUGGGCACCUUUCAGCCUGAUGUGGGCCGUACAUCAUGUUUCCCAUGUGGAGGAGGUCUUCCCACCAAACAUCUGGGAGCCACUUCCUUCCAGGACUGUGAAACCAGAGUUCAAUGUUCGCCUGGGCAUUUCUACAACACCACCACACACCGAUGUAUUCGUUGCCCACUGGGGACAUACCAGCCGGAAUUUGGAAAAAAUAACUGUGUUUCCUGUCCGGGCAAUACGACCACUGACUUUGAUGGCUCCACCAACUUAACACAGUGUAAAAACAGAAAGUGUGGAGGGGAGCUGGGGGAUUUCACAGGGUAUAUUGAAUCCCCAAACUACCCUGGGAACUACCCAGCCAACUCAGACUGCACCUGGGCCAUCAGCCCACCCCCCAAACGUCGCAUCCUGAUUGUGGUCCCUGAGAUCUUCCUGCCCAUUGAGGAUGACUGCGGUGACUACCUGGUGAUGCGGAAAACCUCUUCAUCAAAUUCUGUGACCACAUAUGAAACCUGCCAGACCUACGAACGCCCCAUCGCCUUCACCUCCAGGUCAAAGAAACUGUGGAUUCAAUUCAAGUCCAAUGAAGGAAACAGUGCCCGAGGAUUCCAGGUCCCCUACGUGACAUAUGAUGAGGACUACCAGGAACUCAUUGAAGACAUAGUUCGAGAUGGCAGGCUCUAUGCAUCUGAGAACCACCAGGAAAUACUGAAGGAUAAGAAACUGAUCAAGGCUCUGUUUGAUGUCCUGGCACAUCCCCAGAACUACUUCAAGUACACAGCCCAGGAGUCCCGAGAGAUGUUCCCAAGGUCUUUCAUCCGGCUGCUACGUUCCAAAGUGUCAAGGUUUCUGAGGCCUUACAAAUGACUCAGUGUCCUACUGCGGGCUCCGUGGGCCGAAGCCAUCUACCCUCUAUAUGUCAGCCCGCCAUCGGGUCAUCAUCACGCCCAGUAUCUGCGACUCGUUAGGGUUCAGUUUUUAUAGAUAAUACAGAUGUCUUGGCAAA